AUGAACAUCAGUCAGUAUCUCGCCCAGCAUGGAACAAGCGAGGCACUAUCUGCCGCCAUCGGCACGAGCGAGCAGAAUGAUCUGGAAAUACCCACAUGGGUCAUCGACUGGCGCAACCCACCCGAACGCCGGCAUCUUCUGAACGGGUCGUCUCAGUCCAAGGAGUGGCACGCUGGCUUUGUGCAUCACCAUCGUCAGACUAUCUGUACAUCUGACGUGCCUGGAACUCUCACGUUACGCGGUAAGCGUACACAUAUCAUUAUGGCUCUGAGCGCCCCUGAUCACGCCGACCCAUUGCCACGAUCCAAAGAUCAUCGGCGCCAUCGCAAAAAAGUGGUUCUGAGCGAUGGGCACGCAGCGUUGACACCAUACGCGGCGCAGCAGUAUGACAUCGUCGCUGUCUUCCUUGGGUUCGAAGUGCCUUUUGUUCUCCGUCAUCGACCUCCGCCCGAUCAAGGCUGGCUUUUGGUCGGAGAAUGUUAUGUUGAGCACAUCAUGGAAGCACAAGCCGUGGACGAUGUAGACUGGGAUACAAUCACUUCCAAGGAGCCCGUGAUGCCGUUAGAGGACUUCCACCUAUAUUGA